AGAUUCCGUUUAUAGACCUAAAUAUGUUCGACGAGUCACCUGGGUCUUCCCCUGAGAAAAUUAUAAUCACACUCACACCUUCUAUAGUUUUAAGAUACCCGGUGCUACUUGUAAGCCAUCGUUUGGCCGUCGUAAAGUUCCAGAGGUCUCUAUGUGAUGUUUACUCAACUAGCGACGGUUUUUGGAAGGAGUUUGUUUCUCUACAAGUUGGUGGAAUAUCGUAUGCUUAUGGGCUAAUAUUGGCGAAGGAUUUGGCAAUCUCGAUAUAUAGAAAGGAAGGAAUCUCAGGCUUUUUUCGCGCCUUUCCAGAGUAUUUGGGAUACCUACUGACAAAAGACAUUUUGAAUUAUGUUAUACCACACUAUAUAACACCAAAGGUCCGGUAUUGUAGCGAUGUUCUGGCCAAUAGGUUGACCGAUCAUGACCUCUUUGGUGUGCGUUCCCACCUCAUUCAAAACUAUCGCUAUUCCAUUGUUACUGCCUCCAGAGAUGACAUACAGAGGCAGAUCAUCGAUUUCUAUAUUGGAGAAAUUAAAAAUAGCAAGAGCGAAAUCAUCACGGUAGUCAUAGUUGAAAUGCUGACCUAUCCCCUAUUGACUGUGAUCUCAAGACUUAUAAUCUACGAUGGAUGCAUUCCUGUGAAUGCCGUAAAGUUAUUUAAACGCAUUCUGGUGGUUGAUGGCUUCUCUUCCUUCUAUCAAGGCUUUAUUCCUCACCUUUUAGGUAAGGCAGUCAUGUACACAUCAAAGACAUUUAACAAGUUUAUACAUCAAAGUUUAAUGUCAGACCAGGACUGUAACUCUAUCUUUGAACAGAUAUUCCCAGUGGUUUUGACAAUAGCAAAUGCCAUAGUACAGCAGCUAUCGCUCGUCAAACGUUGUGGAUCGCAAGCUGAUGGCUUCUGUAUCAAGGAAACCAACUAUAAUCUACUCUCCCAAAUGCCAUGGCUUAACAUUGCACUUCAAUUGGCUGUAACAAUCGGACUUUUGCAGCUCAAAGAUCAACUGUUGCACGAGCACAUUAUGAAUACCAUCGACCGUGAGCUACACUAGCAACUAUAGAAGAGAUUCUUGCAGUGCAAAAUUUUUGUAAACGUCUACAAAAUGGUAAAAACAACUGGCUGCUAUUAUGGCCGAAAUGUCACGAAUCAACAUGUGCACCAACAAACCGCUGAGAAAUACCGCUGAAUCACCGGAAGGCUCAAGUGGCU